UCCUGGAACCUUCCGUCCUGGCGGCUCCAAACUCCUCUCCUCUCCAGCGCAAACACCCCUCUCCCCCGCUCCCUUUCCUCUUCUUCUUGGCCGGACGGACACCCACCCACCCCGAGCGAGCGCCUCCUCCAGAUUGUCCUGCAAAAAUACUGCAUUUUAUGAUCGGAGAACUUGUGAGGAGCUCCUAGAAGAAGAGCCAAGUUGAUCCUGCAAAAUUGGAUAGCUGGUCCGGCAGGGCUGGCUUCAGAAGAUCAGCCACGGCUCUAAGGAGAGUAACCCGUGUUACACCAAGAAGGGAAAGGCAAUGUGUCCGUCGCUUUCCUAAGUUUCUGCUUGCAUCGCCUUCUUUCCACGGUGGCCGUGGUGCCCUCCCAUCUGCAGGGGGGCAUCCUUCUGAUCUGACCUACCUUGCUGGUGGUGGUGCUGCACAAUUCUGAAGUAGGCCUUUAGCAUCAUAGUUAGUUCAGUUAGUAGUCCAUAAUAUUAAGAGUUGUAAGUAUGGUGUCGGCCACCAAACUAGAAGGUGGAUAUUGUUUUCACAGCAAGAACUCUCCUCUCGAUCAACCUGAAGGUGUGAAGAUACAUCUUUACCGUCUUGGAAUAGAACAGUGUGAACAUGAUGCCCUCAAAAGCUUUGCAUGUGCUGGUGAAGGCAGCCCAAGUUUACUUGAUACAAUCAUUCUUUCUCAGUGGGAGAACUUUGCUCAGAAGGGCCAGUUGGGAUGUGAUGUUACUACUUGCGAACUUAAGGUCAUUGAAGGUCAAAGGGAUUUUGUUAUUCAGAUGAAUGAUAAAUGGAAUUCAUUUUCCCUCAUGAAAUAUGACAAGUUCGGCCAUCCUUUCGGAUGCUUGAAGCCAAAUUCUGCUAGAAGCUACGAGGAAUUACUUUUGUGCAUCGCAGAAGGAGAAAAUAAUGAACCGGAGGUUGUUCCUUCGAUUACACCCCCAAACAAUGGAGUACUGCUGAUUGCGAAUGCAUAUCCUGUUGAAUAUGGUCACAUUUUCUUGGUCCCAAAUGCAACUAAUCAGCUAUCUUCCUUUUGGGAUAAAAGGAUGUUUGGGCUGAUUACAAAGAUUGCCUCUGAAGUAAACAGUGCAGCGUUCCGGGUUUUCUUUGAUGAUGGUACAUCUAUUGUGCCAAAGCACAUUUUUUUUCAGGCCUGUUACUUUGCCAAUCCUUUACCAGUGGAGUCUUCCUCAACUGUUGCAUUAUAUGAUGGGGCAACCAGAUCAGGCAUUUGUGUGUCUGAAAUAGUUGAUUACCCUCUAAAAGCACUUGUGUUCACGAGCACCAAUGUAAAUGCACUUGUCGAUGUAGUGAGUGAAGCAUGCUUGGCUUUGCAUGAGAACAAUACUGUGCACAGCCUAAUGAUGUCCAACAACGGCAGAAAUGUUUUCUUAUUCCCCCAGGUGAAAAAUCUGGUCACUGGCUGCUGUCUUUCUGCUUGGGAGUGCUGUGGCUACUUUGUUUAUCACACCAAAGUUGAUUUCGACCGAGCUUCUGAGACCGGAAUUUCCAAUAGGAUGGCUUCGUUUUCGUUCCAAGAUGGUGACUUUGAAGACCUGAAGAAACUCUGCUGCGCUAUAGCUGAUAGCCUUGUUACCUAAGCCUGCACCGUAUGCAAGCAUCAACAAUGUGUGCAGCGGUUCAUUAUGUAAAAUCACCCAGAAUGUUACUGCAACUAUAAACAUAUCGUGUAUCAUGCUCUCCCAUUCCCCGUGUUUGGCGUGUUAUGCCUAAAUACUAUGAAACAUAUGUCUGAAGACAUCUGGGUUGAUGAAUAAAGCUUGCUGUUCUCCUCAUGAAUCAA